AUGAGCGGAGUUCAGAUAGUAUCAUUAAAAGAUACAGACUUGUUCAAAUCAUUGAAAGUCGGUAAAAACAUUUUAUCUAACAAAGUAGUCUACCCACCGACUACAAGAUUGCGGGCUUUAGACGAUCAUACACCUUCAGAUUUGGAAUUAGAAUACUACGGUGAAAGGUCUAAGUACCCAGGAUCCUUAUUGAUUGCUGAGGCUACUUAUAUUUCUGGAACAAGCUGGUUUCAACGGAAGAUUUCCGCCUGCGUGGAGUUCUGA